AAGAACAUCCUUUGGUUUUACUUUUCUUUUGUUCAAAGUAAAAACCUAAAAAACAAAAAUAAACAGAAAUUUCCAUGUUUUUUUUCCUUACCCCUGACCGUAUAAACGUUUGUCGGAAGAAUCUCUCCGAUUGUCACCGAUUUCUGUUUCCAGCUGAUUUCUGAGAUUGUCCGUUCGGUUCUAGGGUUCCAUUGCUCUUCGGAAUCUGUUCACCUUUCAGCAUCCAGGUUUGCUGCAUUUGGAUUUGGACUGUGUCGAAAGUCAAAGGGAUGAGGUAUUAGUGUUCUUGUGAUGUCUUCAACAUGCAGACAGAGUCAGAGGUUUCUUUUGCCCCUAAGGCACAAGUCACAGACUUCAAUCAGGAGAGUAUUCCAACUCAAAGUGGUGAUCCUGGUGUAGUUUCAUCCACAUUGAAUAAUGUCUCAUCUGAGCGGCCUGCUAAAAAACCAACACGGCAAUGGGCUGCUUGGACACGUCAAGAGGAGGAAAGUUUCUUCAUGGCAUUACGGCAAGUUGGGAAGAAUUUUGAGAAGAUCACUUGUCGGGUCCAAAGUAAAAACAAGGAUCAGGUCAGACAUUAUUAUUAUCGUCUUGUGAGGCGCAUGAACAAGCUAUUGGGUCCAGGUUUAUGUUUGGAUGCCAAAAAUUCUAAAGAUACUAAUGCUGCAAUGCUUCGAUGGUGGUCUUUAUUGGAAAAGUAUAGCUGCAGAGCCUCAAAGCUUCAUCUAAAACCUCGCAGAUUUAAAAUAUUUGUGGAAGCAUUGGAGCAUCAACUUUUGAAAGACCGGAAGAAGAACAUCAGAAAACGGCCUUCUCAGAAUGAAAACUGUUCACCUGCAUCUCCAAAUACCAUCUCAAAUCAGGGUAGAUUGUCAGGACAUGAUGCUCGCUCUGUUAAACUGGUUUUUGUAGACAGUCAAAACAUUCAAAAAUUAGGACCUGGAAAAGGUUCAUUUAAGCGGAAUGCCAAUAUUGGUGUCAGCCGGAGCAACAUCAAAGGGGAGUCAACUACCAUGAAACCUGCAAGGCAAAGACGAAAGUCAGGUGCCUCAUCAGCUGCAUAUAAAAAAUGGGAAAAGGCUGCAAUAGCUGGGGUUUCUUUAGUUGCUGAUGCUGCUGAACAUUUGGAGAGAACCACUUAUGAUAAAGAUAUUGAAAAUGAUCAAGAUAAACCAGGGCAACAUGUUCUUGACCAAGUUGAAAGUGUCCAGCCCUUAUUGCCCAAUUUGUCCCAAAAUCCAUUUGUUGACAACAACGUGCAUGCUGCUACAGGGAAACUUAAACUUCAAUUGUUUCCAAUUGAUGAUGGCACUAGAAGAGCCUUAGAAAUGGAUAAACACAAUCCACACCUGGAACUCACUCUGAGUACUCGAAAAAAGAUAUCAUCAGUGUUGGAACAUCUAAAUCGCAAAUGGGGCAAUUCAAGUGUAGCCUCAGGGGAGCUUAUGCUUUUCCCUUACAGUGUUCAAAGGGAAAACUUGAUAGUUUAUCAGAGAUGGACUCAGGCCUCUGCUGCCAAUGCAGCAGAUGUAUAUGCAAUGAUUGGAAGCCCUUCAAUAUUCCGCUUAAGGUAUGGUUGGUUCUCCAAUGCUGCACUUGCAUCUCUAACAUGGCAAGCACCUUUCCCUUCUUCUAACAUUCCAAAUGUGCACAUUAUGAAUGUUGAAAGGCGGAAAGGGCAUACCACAUCUGUUCCAUGCACUGGUGAUCAGUCUGAGAAACUUGUGGAUCUAAUGCCAGUGAAAGAAACUCCAUCUGUAGAACCAGCUUUACCCAGUUUACCCAAUGAGACGGGUAAGCAACUUGGCACCAGUCCUAAAAAUAACGUUGGGAAUACCUCAGUUCCCACUACAAGUGAACCAUUGCAUAGAAUUGAGACAGUUAAUGGUGAUGUCAUGAGACACUUGGAAGAAGCAGAUGAUCAAAGAUUAAGCUGCAGUAUCUUAUCAUCUGUUGGGGAGUGGGCUGAUAGCUUUACAAACAUAAGUGUUGGAGAUUUACUUUCGGAAGUGCCUGAUGAUAUAGAUGCUAACUGUGUGGAUACAGCUGUUGCCGAAGGUUCUCAAUGUCUCCAGCUGAUUCCAUUCAGCUGUGAUUCAUUUGAUGCAGCCAUUGCUGCCCAUAUAUCUAGACAUGAUGAGCGGGUGGAAACUCCUAUUUUGGAAUCUCAUGCAUUGUCUAUCUUGGAUGCUGAAGAAACUUGUGAUGCCUUCUCAUUUCAGAAGAACCCUACUUGUCCAGAGGUUCAUAAAUUUUCCACUGUUGCUUCCCCUGGGGCAUGCAAUCAGAUUGCACAAACAAACUCAGUGGGUUCUGGCAACCUUGUUGAGGGCCUACAUGAUGCAGUGGAGCCUAUAGAAAAUUCUAGUCAUGAAGGUCCCAUUGAUGAGGAUCCAUUCGAUCCACACAUUCUGGACAAUUCUGCUAAAGAUUUCAAUGGGCUAACCGAUAUGUAUUGGCCCGACUCUUUAGGACCACUAGAUCUUGAUAUGCCAUCUUCUAAAUAUCAUAGUGAAGAUUUGAUUUUAAGUGAUAGCCUUGGAGGGUUGAACCGGCUAAUAGCCAGCAGUCUGGAUGCAUUUCAAAAUUGCUCGUUUUUUGGGUUUGACAAGAAAGAUUCAACGCCAGCAGUGGAAGCUCGAGAAUCCGCAUCUUGAGGUUCUUAAAUUGGCAUGGAGGUUCGUAAUCUUCGCCUUGUUUUGGUUUUAGAGAAUCAUUGAUCAAAAGCAGGAGUUUUACACUUAACGUAAAACUUGUGCCUUCCAAGUUUUGUUGACCUGAGUCUACAUGCGUUAAGACAGUAGAAUUCUGGCUCUGUAUGUAGAAGCUCCCCAAGAAAUGAGCCCCGUCGAUCCGUAUGUACAAAGUAGCAAUUGAAAAAUAUUAACAAACUUGCUCUUCCCUUCUUAUUUUUUAAUCUUUCUGUAUAUUUGUUUAUAAACUGAUCAGGAAUUUACUCAACUUGAAUAGAUGACAAAGUGCAUCUGCCGGUUCUUUUUUCUCCUCCUUUUGUCAAUGCCAUGGUAGUUGUAUUUUGU